AUGGGUAUAUAUGGGAUUCAACAACUCACGUUGAGAAGACUAGUGGGUCUGGCCUUUGUUGCUAUCUAUUUGCUUUUCGGACUGCCGCUGUGGUAUAAGUUAACUUCUGUCCAUAGGGCAACUUUACCAUUAGAAUAUAUUAAUAAUCUCUCUCACGAUAGACAUAAUGAUAUUCAUAUAAGUAUUCCAUUCUUUGUGGAUUACAACAGAAAGUAUUAUUCUAAUCUGCAUGCCGAGUUACAAAACGUAAUUAAUUCAAAAUUAUCUACUUUGGAAAAUAAACCAAUUGAUUGGACUGUUAAUGUUCAGAAAAUGAAUGAAAAAAUCGAAGAUUCCAUAGAAAUUGAUCCUACUUCGUAUCAUGUUCUCAGACUUAAAGAGGGUCCUUCUUUAAGUUUGCAAAAAGGUGAAGAUUCAACUGUCUCUAUAGUAGAAUUCGACUUCAAAUCUGUAGAAUAUGACGAUCUUUUACAAUUCAUUUCAAAUUCUAUGUUAAAUGACAUUUUCAAAUUAGAAUCAUCUCAUUUCUCAAACAAUUACAAUACAAAGGAACAUCAACUUUCAAUUUCUUAUAACCCAACUGUACAUUUAAGUUUAUCAUUAUUAUCUGGUGAUGGUUCUCCAAUAAGUUGGGAUAUUGAUAAUUCUUUGAAAAAUUACAUCACUCCAUUAAGAAAGUUUUUAUCACCAGUAUUUAACUUUACCGUCGAUACUAACCUUGUCUACUACAGCGAUUUGAAUUUAUAUAAAUUGAAUGAAUUGGAAUCGGUUUCGGUUAAGGAUAUUUCUUAUGUCGCUGAUAUUUCAGAAGUAUCUUCAAUUGAUGAUUUCUCAGAGGCAGUUGGUUUGAACUUAGCUAUCGUGUUCCCAAGUUCCGGAACAGCGCCAACUGGGUUAAACUUUAUCAACUCCACUGAAUUGACCAUUGAAGGUACUGAUAUCAGCACACAAUGGGAAAGUUUUGUUAUUCCACAAUGGGGGGUAUUGAUUAUUAAUAAAUAUCCACUGAAAUCAAAGGCUGUUCUAGAUGAUAACUAUUUGAAACCUAUAAUGUACCAAUUCAGCGAAAAAAUAAUACAAUUGCUUGGAAUUGAACAAGUAAAUAAUGAGAUGACUUCUCCAUAUAUUAUUCUAGAUUCCUUCAAGAGAUAUGUGACAGUGAAAAAUUUGGAUAAAUCUUUAGAGACAUUGGAAUCUUUGGUUAGAUUGACACAAACUUUUGAACAAAUGGCAAUUCCAACUGAAGUAGCAGAGGAUGUUAAGACUGCUAUCCAAUUAAGAAAUAAGAUCAUAAAAUUAUUGAAUAAUCCAAAACUUGCAGGAAAUCAAGUUUGGAACGAAGCCUUAUUAUUAAGUAAUGAAUUGGUCAAAGUUUGUGAAUCGGCAUUCUUUGAUGGUAAAAUGGUGCAACAAAACUAUUUCCCUCAAGAACACAAAAUGGCAGUAUAUUUCCCAUUUUUUGGUCCAACUACUUUGGUUCUACUAUUAGGUUUGAUCAAAUUGCUGAAGGAGAAAAAAAAUGAAGAAAUUAAAUCAGAAGAAUCAGAGACUCUUCCAACCAAGAAUAACGAUGGAAAUGAAAAGGAAAAGAUCUAG